AUGUCUCUGGUGUCCUCCCCUGUGCUUGUUCAGAUGAGCUAUCUACAGAUCAAAAGAUUCGUCGAUGAGCAAAUCAAAGCCCUCAACACGCCUUUGAUUCUCAACGACGACAUCAAAAGGCUUCUACAUCAGGAAGGUAUUUCCGAAGGCCAGGCGCAAAGCAUUCUUUUCAAGUGCAAUCUUCUCAUGAAAAGACACAACCGGACGAAGUUCAAUAAACAGGUGGUGCAUCAAAUUGUACAACAAGUGGCCAAGGCGGAGCAGGAAAACUUGAUGCAAGUGAACAAAGCCUUAAGUAAGAUCUCCAGGCUCGCUCAGCCUAUCAUGACGGAUCAAUUUGCCAGUAGUGGCCGGUUAGAAGAUCGCCUCAGAUUGUUGAGCAAUCUCGCAGAUAUUCUUCCAGAGGGCAGGUACCUCUUUGCCGUCCAUGGAGAUAAUGAAUCCGAAAGUCAGCCACCCGAUGACGCCGAGACACAAGCGCCUGGAAGCGAGGAUCCAAAUCCCCUUGUGCGCGAUGACGAGGAAUUAGUGCAAUCCCCCAGCGAACUCGAAAUGCAAAAUCAAUAUUUGAAAGCCACAAAACACGAAUUGGAUCAGCAAAUCGGGGCUUACAAUGAAAAGAGGGACAAGCUCCGCCAGCAAUACGAUGAUCUACGGAUGCAAUUAGCGCAUCUCAACGAAGACAUUGUGUACAAGAUGGAGAAAUUGGCGUACCUCCGAAGCUUAAACCUGAAGAUGGAUUUUUUGGGAGCUCGACCUGACGAAAAAUGUGUAGACUCUUGUGAUAGCGAUGGGGACGACGAGGAAGAGGCCGUAGUUGAAAACUCAGAAGACGAAGGCUUAGGGCCACAGAUGACUCGUUUCAGUGUUCUUGUGGAGAAACUCGAAUUUGCCCUCAGGCCUGGGUAA